AUGGUUGCUUCAUCAAGGGAGCUCAUCCAGCAAAAAGGCAUAGGAAAAGCAACAGAGGACUUAGUGUCAUCUGCUGAGCACAUACAUUGUGUUAGGCAUCUCCAUGCAAACUUCAAGACACCUGGUCAUGGUAAUUUGGCUUUGAAACAAAUAUUGUGGGCUGCAACUAAAGCCACUAUAGUUCCAUGGUGGGAAGUAGAGAUGGAAAAGAUAAGAGAUUUGUCUGGAAAAGCUUACAAAUGGCUGGAAGAUAGGCCUGCAAGCUAUUAG